UAUAAAUACGUAGGACGCGGCGUGACCCCCCUCUCUUCAAGUCCAGUCAGGAGACAGGAUGUCUCACCGGAAGUUCUCCGCUCCCAGGCACGGGUCCCUGGGCUUCCUGCCACGCAAGCGCUGCAAGAGACAUCGUGGCAAGGUCAAGAGCUUCCCCAAGGAUGAGGCAAGCAAGCCUAUCCAUCUGACUGCCUUCCUGGGGUACAAGGCUGGCAUGACCCACAUCGUCAGAGAGGUGGACAGACCUGGCUCCAAGGUGAAUAAGAAGGAAGUUGUGGAGGCAGUGACUGUUGUGGAGACUCCUCCUAUGGUCAUUGUUGGAAUUGUGGGAUACGUCCAGACUCCACGUGGUCUUCGCAGCUUGAAGACCAUCUUUGCAGAGCACAUCAGUGACGAAUGCAAGAGACGCUUCUACAAGAACUGGUAUAAGUCCAAGAAGAAGGCUUUCACAAAGUACUGCAAGAAGUGGCAGGAUGACGAAGGCAAGAAGCAGCUGGAGAAAGACUUUGCAAGCAUGAAGAAAUACUCCCAAGUUAUCAGAGUCAUUGCUCACACACAGAUGCGUCUGCUCCCCCUGCGUCAGAAGAAGUCUCAUCUCAUGGAGAUCCAGGUGAAUGGAGGCACAAUUGCAGAGAAAGUGGACUGGGCUCGUGAGAAGUUGGAGCAGCAGGUGGCAGUGUCUGGAGUAUUUGGUCAGGAUGAAAUGAUUGACGUCAUUGGAGUCACCAAGGGAAAGGGCUACAAAGGUGUGACUAGCCGUUGGCAUACAAAGAAGCUCCCACGUAAGACUCACAGAGGUCUGAGAAAGGUUGCUUGUAUUGGAGCUUGGCAUCCUGCCCGUGUGGCCUUCUCUGUGGCUCGUGCUGGUCAGAAAGGUUAUCAUCACCGCACUGAGAUCAAUAAGAAGAUCUACAAGAUUGGACAAGGCUACCACUCAAAAGAUGGUAAACUUGUGAAGAACAAUGCUUCAACUGACUACGAUCUGUCAGACAAGAGCAUCAACCCAUUGGGUGGCUUUGUUCAUUACGGAGAAGUGAAAAAUGACUUCGUCAUGCUGAAGGGCUGUGUUAUCGGGACCAAGAAAAGGGUUCUUACCCUGCGUAAGUCCCUCCUUGUGCAGACCAGCCGUCGUGCAUUGGAGAAGAUUGACCUAAAGUUCAUCGAUACAACAUCCAAAUUUGGACAUGGACGUUUCCAGACUGUGGAAGAAAAGAAGGCUUUCAUGGGUCCACUCAAGAAAGACCGUCUGGCAAAGGAGGAAGCAUAAAUGUAACUGUAUCUUGUCCAAUCUACCACCUGGGCUACGUUGCUGAUUUGAUGCACUUCUUAAUAAAUUCUAU